AUGGCAAGCAAUAUUCCAGCAGGCGUGCGAUCGACUGAUAUCGGGCGCUUCGCUCUGCGCGCGGCGCAGAUCGAGAAAGUCAAGCCGGUCAUUGCCUACUGGUGUAACUAUCAUAUCGUCAACCAAAUAAUCGAGAGAGGCCUUCACAAUUCGAGCGAUGAAAUCAAGUUGUACACUAUGGAUCUGAUGGACAAGCUGGAACAGUUCAAAACCGAGAAUCCAGAAAAUGAAACUGUUACGGAUAGUGUCGCAGCGAAUGCAUAUGUUGAGCAGUUUGGGGUGGAAGUCUUCAAUCGUGCCCAGGCUGCUAUGACUGCCAAUAAAGUCACCAAGCAAACAGGCGAUACAUUCCUAGCAGCGGCUACAUUCCUUGAGCUAUGUCAGAUGUGGGGAGAUAUGGACCCCGAGAUUGCCGGGCGCAUUAAAUUCGCAAAGUACCAUGCAAUCCGCAUCACCAAAGCCAUCAAAGCAGGAGAAGACCCCAAUGAUUCGAACCCCUCACCAAAGGAGGAGGAGGAGGAGGAGGAGGAGGAGGAAGCACAGAUUGAGAGCUCGGAUAUACAGGCUUUCGAUGAGUCCGUGGCAGAGCAGGCAGCCCGACCGAGACAGGCAUCCGUGGAGGAGAUCCCUGACGAGUCCGAUCGACUUGGGCGGCAUAUGGCUCAUCAAUCAUCAUUAGAUGAAUCGCUUCACCCUUCUCGAACAUCUUCAGUGCCAGCAUCCGCCCCAACACCCGACAUUCCUUCGGUUCCUCAAAAUGCACCUGGUUCACCUCCACAGAGAAUGGAUCUCGACAACGAAUCCAGCGGCCUUGAGCUUCCCUCAACCCCAGCCACAAUUGGGAAUUCCACUAUCCCAAAGUUACCAGACACCCCCGGAUCCACCAACACUAAUAAAAGCAAGGCUCUACCAUUCGAUGCAUUCCAGUCCUUCCCCCCUCCCACCAGUCCAUCUGCCGGACCCGAUCCAGCCUCAUUCUACGAUCCAUUGAGUGCGAAUGCCCCUAAGCCUGCUCCCGCAGCUUCCUCUAGACCGCCAUCAUUUACUCCCCCUGUGGUUCCAGCGCCGGCCGCCUCGAGCCAGCCUUCGCACUCGGUGGAUGAUAACUCCAUUACACUAGCUCAAAAGCAUGCCAGAUGGGCAGUCUCCGCAUUAACAUUUGACGACGUCGACACUGCGAUUAAGGAACUGAGGAACUCUCUCAAAUACCUUGGAGCAGAAUGA